CUUCAUGAUCUCCAUAUUCUACGACUUCUCAUUGUCUGAAGUACAAUUUUCCAAUCUUUAAGUUAUGCGCCCGAUGUCGAUGUCCUCUACAACACAAUGGGCACGAAUAAAGGGCUGUGGCUGCCUGCUGAGGUGGCUUGCUCUUUCACCAUGCACCUCACAGCCUUGCCAUCAACAACGCAGCUUCCACCCGAAAUAACAGACAAAGUCGUCUUCAUUCAAAUUUUCAAGUUUUAUUGAAAUCAACAAUUCUUCACAUUAGGCACGAUCGCAAUGGCAGAGUCAGAGCCCGACCUCACUUUCCUCAACGAGCUUUACGGCGAGAUCGAGAGGAACCCACCCGCGCUCGAGGCUCGGAAACUGCUCACUCAACAUUGCUACCACUCUGGAUGGACUGACGCCGCCCGUGAGAAUUUGCAACAAUUGAGAGCCCUAGACCCUUCUGCUUUGGAAGAGGAGCCUUGGACCAGGGACCUUUUACAGAAAUCGUCCUCAAAGGCCACAGAUAAGUCUGCAUCAGAAUCGGGGCCUUCGCCAGUUCAGGUCGCAGCACAGAAAUUGGAAAUGGUCGAAGGCUACCAAAGUCUCCGUCUCCGCGCCAAGAAGAUGCUCCAGGAGACUCGUCUCUUGCAGAACUUCGUCAGUUCUCCUGCCGGUAGUACGAAUCCGGAGCUGAGAGCACGGUUCGAGGCUCACGAUCCGGAUCUGAAUGCGCUGGUCAACGGCCGUGUAUCUUCGGUUCUUAAGGUGCAGCAGCCGGGUUCGGCACGGGGGAUUGCACGUCAAAUGGAGAAGGAUCCUGAGAAGGCUGUUGAUGUCGCUGCUUCGGAUCUUGAGGAUGUUGCUAGGUGGCUACGUUCUCAUGUCACGCGAACUACGGCUGGUGACAAUGAUGCUAUUCGUGAGGCUCUUGUCAAACGAGCGCAGGCACUUAGUGCUGCAUUACCGGACGCUUUGAAGAAGCAUCCAUCAACGGCUAUGAUGCAUAUUGAACAUGAAGUUCUCAAACGGAAGUACCACAGCGAAGAAACCAUGUAUGGUGAUCUGGUUAGUGACAUCCCAAGAGCUCAGUUUUUGGUCACAGACGAUGGGUAUGGAUGGGACAUGGAAGAAUUGGCACAGGCAAUCAAGAGCAACGGCGGUAUCAUGCGAAAUCCUCUCAGCAAGCAAAUGUUCAGUCCUGACGACGUUCGUGCCAUUAUCCAACACCCACUGGGCCAAGACCUGGCUGCAUUGCAGAUCGAGCAAAGCAAACUCUCCCUUGGGAUCCGCGAGAAGACUGUCGAUGAGCUCGAUAAGAUGGCCAAGGUUUUCCUUGCGGAUAUGAGCGAGGAUCAACUGAAAAGCCGUGAGGUUCUCGAAACCUUCAUUGCUUACUUGGCGACGUUGCCAGUGACGGAACAGGAAGCACUUGACAAGCUUCGUGUGCCAGCAGUUGAUAGCCACACCGGGAUGGCUUUCGAUACCUCAAUUGGCGAGGCUGUGCGGGAUGCUCAAGGCAACAAGCUGUGUUUUCACAAAUGUGCAGACUUAUUGACACAGGCUGUAAGCCACCUGAAGAAAUCCCGAUAACUCAGCUGGGGAAGCCUUAGAUCAGGCGUUGUGAGAAGUAGCAUGUGCUGAAUCUUGAAUCCUUCCGUAUUGAGUCACAAUAAUGUACCUGCUCAUUGUUUCAAAUCUGCAAAAGCUU